GUCCGCGGAUAUCCUCCUUUUUUUUUCUUUUUUUUUCUCCCCUCCCUUUCACAGAGGAGUCCAGGGUCGUCUCUCCCCCCCGUGUUUCAUCUAAACAAUACUCAGAGGCUUUGACCCUAGAGGACUGGGUUUGUGGGAUAUGGCCCAAUAGCAGCAGCCCGUGAUGCCGGACCAUGACAGCGACUCCCUCCUGAACAGACAGACCAAGCGAAGACGUGUGGACAUUGGUGUGAAGAGGACCGUCGGCAGCACAGCCUCCGCCGCUGCAGCGACCCCAGAUAAUAUCGCUCGCGCCAAAGCAGCCAUUUUCAGUGCCAUGAACUCUCUGAGCUCCCAUUCUCACCACGGAUCAGACAACGACUCCAUGGAGUGCUCUGUAGUGCAGCCACAUGGUGGGCCUGGCGUUGUGUCAGCCAGUGACAGCGAGUCCAAGUCAAAUGUACUCCGAAAGCUGCUGAAGAGGGCCAACUCAUACGAGGAUGCCAUGAUGCCCUUCCCUGGCACCACCAUUAUCUCUCAGCUUCUCAAGAAUAACAUCGCUAAAAAUGGAGGAGGACCUGAGCGGGGAGAAAGAGGAGACAGGGGUGACAGAGUGGAAACAGGUUUUCCUGGGUCGGGCCUUUCUAAUGCUAGCUCCGAUGCUCCCCAGGAGGACGCCUGCAGUAACUCCUCCCAGGACAGCACCCCUCAAGAGUGCUUGUCCCCGUUCGGCCGCCCCCCCGGCCUGGCCGCCUUUGACAUCGAGCGUCUCAACGACGAACACCUGCGCGCCAAGCGAGCCCGCGUGGAGAACAUCAUACGUGGCAUGAGCCACUCCCCGAGCGUCGUGGUGCCCGCCGCGUCCCGUCACGAGCGCGACCACGACAUGGACGGCGAGCGGGAAAUGGAGCUGGACUGCCCUCCGCCCCAGUCCCAGCACCAGGCCCCCGGCAGCCCGCGGGGAGGGGAGGUGUGCGGCGGCAGCCGGGAGAACAAGCGCAAGCAGCGGCUGCCUCAGCAGCAGCAGCAAAGCUUCACCCAGCUGGUGUGCCAGAGGAAGGAGCAGAAGCAGGAGGAGAGGCGGCAGCUCAAGCUGCAGCUGGAGGACAUGCAGAAGCAGCUACGGCAGCUGCAGGAGAAGUUCUUCCAGAUCUACGACUCCACCGAUGACUCGGAACACAACGACCUCCAUAACGACCUGGGAAACAUGUCAGAGGACAGCCCGGUGAGGUCUGACACCGGUGGAGACGACCGGGGCGGAGAUGACUUGCGCUCUGACAACGAGAUGUCGGAUCUGGAUCCGGGCCACUUCCUCGACAGGGCUCGGGCUCUGCUUCACGAGCAGGCCAUGCUGGCCGACAGAGAGAAGCCGAGAAGAGACGGUCUCGGCCGAGGCAAAGCAGGUCCAGGCUCCUCCAUGCAUGCUGAAGGUAAACAGCUCGCAGAGACGCUGAAGCAGGAACUCAACUCGGCUAUGACCCAGGUCGUGGACACUGUGGUCAAAGUAUUCGCUAAGCCUCCACGUCCGACUCCUCAGCAGGCCUUUCCUCCGCUCUCCCUACCCCCUGAAAGAUUUCCUCCUGCUGUAAACGGAGACAACCCCAACUUUCACACGGCCAACCAGAGGCUGCAGUGCUUCGGCGAUGUCAUCAUUCCCAACCCACUAGACUCCUUUCCUAGCAUGCCGGGGCUUCCAGGCCCCACCAACGACCAAACCGAGGCGCUGCCCUUAGUAGUGAGGAAGACGCCCAGUGAGCACCACCACCAGUCUUCAGCUGUGGGUGCCCAUGGUAGUAACCACCACCCUGCCCUUCACCCCUCUUCGCUCUCUGCUUCCAUGGGCUUUAGCCCGCCGUCUUUUCGGCAUCCCUUUCCACUGCCGCUCAUGGGCUACCCUUUUCAGACUCCCCUUGGCGCGCCCACGGGUGGUUACCCAGGAAAGGACCGUACCUCGCCCGACUCCAUGGACCUGCCUCGGGAGACCACCAGUCUGAGGACCAAGAUGGCGUCAGGCCACCACCUGGGGCAUCACCAUCGCUCUUGUUCACCAGCACACCCAGGCAGCACGGCUGAGAGUCUCUCCUUGUCCCUGAUCAAGUCAGAGUGCAGUGAUCUACAGGACAUGUCUGACAUCUCACCUUACUCAGGAAGCAAUUAUUUCCAGAUCCAAGAAGGUCUCUCCCCCAACCAUUUGAAGAAGGCCAAGCUCAUGUUUUUCUACACCCGCUACCCAAGCUCUAACAUGCUGAAGAUGUUUUUCUCUGAUGUUAAGUUCAACCGCUGCAUCACCUCCCAGCUGAUCAAGUGGUUCAGCAACUUCAGGGAGUUCUACUACAUCCAGAUGGAGAAGUUCGCC